CGGACCCUGGGCGGGUUUGAAAGAGCAGGGGAGGGCGAUUCCAGCGUCCAAUGACAGCGACCCUUCACGCCACAAGUCAGAUCUCUAUAGCGAGAAACAAAGAGCAUCUCUCUAGGGCGUCCAUCAAACAGACGCUUUGAGAAGGUGCGACUCUGCAGCCCCGCCAAUCUAGGCGGCCAAUGGUUGCAACACGCCCAGCACGUUCUUCGUGCAUCUUAUGACCUGGGUCUAGACCGCGACCGCCUGCUUCACAGCAACCCGCGUCAACUCAUCCAUGCGUCCGCAAACUCUCCCCCAUGACCCCGAGUGGGAGUAUGAGUACGAGGAAAAUGCGACCGAGGACUACUAUGUCACCCUCGACCUGACCACCGCCUCACCAACCUCGAAGCCCAAACCAGCGCAAAGCUACGGCAAAGCUGGCGGCGGACAGGCAGGCCUCUCUACUUCUGCAAGUGCUGGCAAGCUCCACGUCCUGGAUCUGCACACCGACAAUCCCCUAGUCCUAUUUGGCAAGGAGCUGUAUAGCUGCUCAUGGGCCGAAACCCGGGGAACUCAACUCUACGUCGCACGUGCCGGCACGGCUGAGAAGAAUAUUAGACCGGGGCAUGUGCUAGACUUCGUCGCGUCGUCUCGCAUCCAGCUUGUGGGCCAGCCGGCCGCUCUGAUUGAGCGAGGUCAGCAACCCACUGGUGCAUCUGCGGAAGACGCCAUAUCCAUCAGCAAGUAUGUAGACGACUUGAAUGGAGAGAAAGAUGCCGAUUUGAACACGCCAAAUGAUGCUCCCCGGGAAAGCUUGCAGACCUUGCAAGAGCGAUCUGCGACACCUGUGCAAGCCACUACAGAUCCAGGCGUGCAGGCCAAGGCAUCCUUCUUCGAACGACUGGCCACGAUCAAAGCGCAGAAAGGCGAACGCAAUCAAGCCCUGUCCUCUGAUGGCGCGCACUACCAGUACCGAGCAUCCAAGGUCGACAAACAUGCAGUCAAGAGGCGAUCUUUAGCUGCCGACGCCAGACUAUCACAACCAGUUUGGACGGGCGCUCCGAGAGCCAGGAAACGAGGCCCUUACAAGAAGCGGCGACUGGAAAGCAUGUCUGCUGUUCCUGAGCCGAAUGAGGAAGCGCAAGAAGAUGCUUUAGAUGAGCCACACCUUGGGAAUCCGGACCACGAAUCCAUACAAUAUGAAGACGGCUGAAGGAAUGCAAAUAUCAUACGCCGGCCCGCUCUCCACAUUCCCAGCAAUGAUACCACUCGCGCACCGUCACGCUUCUCAAGAGCUAUUCUCCCCCUUGACAACCGUCACCUUCGCCGUUGCAUUCUGCGCAUACACCCGCAGCCCCAGCACGCACAUUG